GCGGCCCGUAGUACCUUCCUAGACCUGAGCCAAGUGCGGCCGAUUCCUCACAAAAUGCAUUUGACACACGCUAUAAUUCUGUGUUCGCUGGUGGCGACAAGUUUUGCCCGGCCAAGACAAGAUCAGGUGACCGACAUCAACCGGCUAGAUGAACCUCUCUCCGACCCUGAAUUGAGGAGGACCCUUCUCAGGGUGUUUGCCGAGUCUCUGAAGGCUGCCGCCGAUGCUGGAAUCCAAGCAGCAAAGAAAUCCGACUCUGGUACAGCCGACCUGAAGCCACCGACGGCGGACGCAGCUUCAUCCGAGGGCUUCGACAGGGAGACCUCGGCGGACGAGCUUCUCGUUCUGAGCGGCGACUCGACCACCUCCGAACGAACCCUGGUUGCGAACCCUCGCGCCGCCAGCACUGAGACGCCGUUCCUCGUGCGUCUGGACAACGAGGAACCCGCAGAAUCACGUGAGUCCGCCUCAAACGCAACCACAACAGUCUCACCACCCAUCACCACCAUCCACCGCUCAGUUUGGAUUUACACUUCACCCCAACACAAAGGUUCCGCCGAAGCUGCAGCAACGACCGAGCGCACCGUGUCUGAUGACCCCGGCCUGUCCUCCCCUGCGCCGAGCCCUGCACCCCCUCAACCCACGGUGACCGUCGACAACUUGGCCAACCUCACUCCCGCCGACUCUGCCGAUGUGAAUCGCUUCAUCAGCGCCGUCAGCACCACCCCCGACGAAAAGCUCGGCGCCGGCGUCGAAUUCCUGCAGGCGCCUCUGAUCGCCGCCUUUGGUCUUCUGCAAGAGGAGAGCACCGGAAAGACGCGCAACCUGGUCGCCUACCCUGUGCCUCAGGGUGUCUCCGAACAGCUGUUGAGGGAUGAAAGACUGACCCUGAGUGUGGCCGGCCAGGUCGCAGGCAGACAGGGCAUCACCUUUUCGCACCAGCCGACGCCUGACGCCUCUUUGGUCAACUUCCAGAGAUCGCUGCCCCUACAACAACAACCCUUCCAGGAGCAGAACUUCUUCAGCAGCUCCGACGACGCCCUGAGGAGGCUUGAGAAGAGACAGCAGCUUCUGCAGGAACAGCUCGUGUCCCUGCAGAGGGAGAGAGAGGCUCUUCAGCGCAACUUCAGACAGACCAGGAGCGAGGUUUUGGUGCCCGCUGAGUCCAAUAACGUCUUCAUCUCCAGGAGUCUGCCCAUCUACCUCCAACCACCUUUUUUUUGAAACUAAACAAUUUAACACGGAGUCACUGAGAAAAUUUCCUGAACCCCAAAAAGUUUUUAAUAUAUAAAAAUUAAUAUUUUUUUAUAACCAUCGCACCAUUUUAAAUUUGUUGCAAUGCUUGAUUUUUUCUCUGCUGGUUCUCUGUUAAUUGCCAGUGUGCUAAAAUAAUUUAUGCCAGGUAAUUAGCCUAUCCAAUCAAAGCCCAAUGUUGUGGGCCAAACAAUUUUUUUUAACAUUCAUAAAAACGGAAAUGCCAUAUACAUUACAAAUGCAGCUGAAAGAACACUUGGAAACACAAAUGUCAAAAUGUCUGCGUAAGUUUUAUCGACAAACUGAAGGAGUGCUCACAUUUUUAAUGUUUUACGAAGAUCAAUUUGUUUAUUUUGCGACGGUUGUAAUUUGUAAAUAAAAAAACAAUUGUGCCGCAGCAAA